AUGAUGCUUCCCAGCCCAGUAACGUCAACCCCGUUUUCUGUCAAGGACAUACUAAAGCUGGAGCAGCAAUCUCACCACCACCACGGCCAGUCUGUGCAAGCGCCCUUACCGGAUUUACAGCAGCAGCAGCAGCGCUUUCACACUCCACCAUCUUGCCUGCUUGGAGGCGCAGAGAGCCCCGGAUUCUCAGACAGCGAGGACAGGAUGGCUUUCCUCAACGCCCUCUCCGUACAGGACAACCUGGUGGAAAGCAGCCUUUCUCCGCCCAUGUUUGGCCAUCCCGCUCUGGGACACGUCGUAGACGCAAAGUUAGAGGACGACCUCGAAGAGCAGGAAACCAAGAGUUGUGGUGCUGCAGUGAGGUCCCCGGAUUGUGAGCUGCCCUCGGACCCAGACAGAGCUCAGAGGCAGAGAGCCAGGCGGAAGCCACGGGUGCUUUUCUCCCAGGCGCAGGUUUUCGAGCUGGAGCGACGCUUCAAGCAGCAGCGGUAUCUUUCCGCUCCCGAGCGAGAACAUUUGGCGAACACUCUGAAACUCACGUCCACCCAGGUCAAAAUCUGGUUUCAGAACCGAAGAUACAAAUGCAAGCGCCAGCGUCAAGACAAAAGCCUGGAGAUGGCUGGUCAUCAUCAUCACCAUCCGCCGCCGCCGAGACGCGUGGCGGUACCGGUUUUAGUCCGGGACGGCAAACCUUGUCUUUCUGGAUCACAGAAUUAUAACGCUACCUACGCUGUGGGGUCCAACCCGUACGGGUAUAAUGGUUACUCAACCUAUAAUAAUGCCGCAUAUACAAAUGCAUACAAUUGCUCAUAUCCUAGUCUGCCAACACUCCCAGCAAACACAGGCGCCAACCCGUUAAUGUCCAUGAGUUUGAAUAAUCUCGGAGCACACUCCCAGCCUCAGUCAUCACAAGGGACUUCCGUUUCAUCGUGCCAAGGACCUCUGCAGGGCAUCCGGGCAUGGUAGUUCCACAACAACCACACGCCUUCUGUACAGGCUUGAAUAAGAUGCUUCACGCCAAUAGCAAAUCAUUACAUACUAUAUAGUAUUGUGACUAUAGCAGCACGCUACAGAUCAGCAGGGACACUUUACAUUUGAGAGUGUAAAAUAUGUAAUGGCGCCAAAUCUGGUGAUUGCAUGUAAAUUAAGUUGUUUUUUUAUGCUGACAAUAUUUUUGAUUGACAUGAAGUAUUAGUUGUUGUUUUUUUUUUGUUUUUUUUUG